AUGUACACCAAGUGCGGUAGCCUCGACGACGGCAAGAAGGUGUUCGAGACGAUGCAGACGAGGGACGUCUCCGCUUGGACGGCGAUGAUCGGCGGGCUGGCGGAGCACGGCCGGGGGGCGGAGGCGCUCCGCCUGUUUGAGAGGAUGGUGGCGAGGGAGGGGCUGAAGCCGGACGCCGUGACCUUCACCAGUCUGCUGCACGCGUGCAGCCAUUCAGGCCUGGUCGAGGAGGGGCUCGAGCUUUUCAAGGAAAUGGCCUCCGCCCACGGCGUGGUGCCCAGACUGGAGCACUAUGGCGCCGUCGUCGACCUUCUGGGCCGCGCCGGCUUGUCGGAAGAAGCCCAGCGGCUCGUGGAUUCCAUGCCGCUCGUCCCCAACCAGGUCGUCCGCGGCUCCUUGCUCCGCGCUCUGUUAGCGGCCGACGAGGAUUCCUCCGGCUAUAACGACGCCGACCUCCAUGCCGAGCUCGAGCGGGCGGAGCUCUCCGUGGAGGUCUCCAACGCGCAUGCCAGAAUCGGGAGUUGGGACGAGGUCGAGAGGGUGAGGAGGGUGAUGACGGAGAUGGGCAUCAAGAAGGCUCCGGCGAGCAGCUCCGUGGACGUCCUUGACGUGAGGCCCCCCACACAAGUUCCUCGCCGGUGA